AGAGAAGAGUUCAAGUUCAUUCGAACAAACCGACCAACUUCUGUAUUUAGAGAAGCUGUGAGUGACCUGAGUUUGAUAGCAGAGCACUAAAGACACGAGAGACAGAGAACAAAAUACACAAUAACACACACAGAGCAGAGAGAGAGAGAGAGGCUGACCAACACACCAAAAAAGGGCUGGAGAAACACACGGACAGAAGCACACAGACGGACUGGGAUUCAGGAAUCAUGGAGCAGGGCUGUGGAUGAGCCGGAUCUCUGCCAUGUCCACGGGCCCCGGGCCCACAGGGGCCGCUCAUGUGAUCGAGCCGGACCACAGCGCGGCGGGUCAUGGCAAGGGCUCCGUCAGCCUGCAGACGCUGCUGGACCUGCUGGUGGGAGUUUAUCAGGAGUUCAGCUCGCCUGCUCUGCUCAGAGAGAAACACGUGCAGCGCUUCCUGCAGUGGGCGGAGCCUCUGGUCAGACAGGUGAAGAAGACCCGGAUAAGCAGAGAUGACUUUGACAUCUUGAAGGUGAUCGGCCGAGGAACCUUCAGCGAGGUGGCUCUGGCCCGCAUGCAUAACACACAGCAGGUUUACGCGCUGAAGAUCAUGAACAAGUGGAACAUACUGAAGCGUGGAGAGACGGCGUGUUAUCAGGAGGAGCAGGAGGUUCUGCUGAAAGGAGACCGGCGCUGGAUCACUGAACUACAUUACACUUUCCAGGACGACAAUCACCUCUAUCUGGUCAUGGAUUACUAUGUGGGUGGAGAUCUGCUGACGCUGCUGAGUAAGUUUGGUGAUCGUAUGCCGGAGGACAUGGCUCAGUUCUACCUGGCUGAGAUGGUGAUGGCCAUCGAUUCAGUCCACAGACUCGGUUAUGUGCACAGAGACAUUAAGCCUGACAACAUCCUGCUGACAGCAGAUGGUCACACACGAUUGGGUGAUUUUGGCUCCUGUCUGCGUCUGGAGGAUGACGGACUGAUCCACUCGUCGUUGGCCGUCGGGACUCCAGACUAUCUGUCUCCAGAGAUCCUGCGGGCGGUGGAGGGCGGCGGAGGCUACGGCUCUGAGUGUGAUUGGUGGGCUCUGGGCAUCUGCGCGUAUGAGAUGCUGCUGGGAACCACACCCUUCUACGCCGAGUCCAUCUCUGAGACCUACGCUAAAAUAAUACACUUCAAGGAUUAUUUUGAGUUUCCUCCGGGGUCGGAGGUGUCCGAGGAGGCGCGUUCGCUCAUCAGCGCUCUCAUCUGUGAUAGGAGCGAGAGGUUGGGUUCACGGGGCUCCGGAGACUUCAGAAAACACCCGUUCUUCACGGGUUUGGACUGGAGUUCCCUUCAUCUCCUCCCUCCUCCGUACAGUCCUGACGUCUCCGAUGCCACCGACACCUCCAACUUUGACGUGCUAGACGACUGUCUGAGCCACACGGAGACCCUGAGUGACGUGAUGGAGCGAGCGCCGGUCGGGCUUCAUCUGGCAUUUGUGGGCUACUCUUACACAGCCACCAGAGAGACGGGAGCGCUGGAUCGCAGCAGAGACAUCAUGAUGGAGAUCAACCAGCAGCAGGACAGAGAUCAGCUACAGCUGCAGGGAAAACUGGUACGAUUUACACUGAUCGAUGAAAACAUGGACUGA